AUGGAAAUACUAAAUAAUUUGGAAUUAAAAUUGUUUAAUAAUAUAAAUAAUGGAGAUUUAAAUAAUUUAACUUUCAAAGUUUUAAUUUAUACUGAUCAAUUAGCUAAUUAUGAAAUGAUGAGGGGUGCUAAGAAAAUUACAAGUUUAUUAGGUAUUGGGGUGGAUGCUAUGAUUUUAUUUUUGGUUGUGGCUUAUUGGCAUUUUAAUUGGAAAUCUCAAUUUAUUUUAAUUACUUCUUCAUUACUUUCACCUCUAUUAUCAAUUUCUGUUGCUUUCUCGAUUAUUGGAUGGAUCGGAAUUAAAUUUAAUUCGAUAAUGCCCAUAAUGCCGUUUCUGGUUUUUGGUAUUGGGGUGGAUAAUGCCUUUUUAUUAAUACAUUCUUGGAGAAAAUGGGCUUUAAUUGAACAAAAAGGAUUAAAUGAGAAUAAAGAAUGUAAUCAAAAAAUAGAUAAAUUUGCUCAAAGAAUGGCAAACGUUUUUGGAGAAAUGGGUUCUUCUAUAGCAAUAACUUCGUUAACCAAUGGAAUUGCUUUUGGAGUUGGUAUUUUCUCUCCAUCAUCUUUAAUGUCCAAUUUUUGUUUGUGUACUUCAAUUGCUAUAUUCUUGGAUUUUUUAUUUGAAUUUUUAAUAUUUGCACCUUGUCUCCCUUUUAUUAAAUGGAAAGCUGAAGAAAACGAGAAUACAAUAAAAAGAGAAAAUUGGCCUCUUUUUGGAAUGAUAAAAUUAAAAAAGGAAAGAUCUUCAUUUUCUUCAUCAUUUCUACGUUUUUAUUCAAAAUUUCUCGUUUCAUUUCGAGCUAAAAUAUCUGUAUUUGUACUCCUCUUCAUCUCAUAUAUUCUAGCCUAUUUUGGAAUUAAUCAAAUGGAAACCAGUUUUAUUCCAGAAAGAACAUUUCCUGGCGAUUCUCCACUUCAGGAUACAAUCAAAAUAUUUAAUAGAAUUAUGAAAUAUCAUUCUCCAAUUUCGUUUUUUGUCUUUCACCCUCCAAAUAUUUCUGAUCCUGUAGAAUUAGACAAUUUCAACAAAAUGAUUAAUAUUAUACAAAAUUUACCAAAUACUUUGCAUGUUCAAAUAUGGCUUAAUGGCUACUUGGAAGUAAGUGAGGGAUAAGGACUGAGUCGAGGAGAUAAGGAGGUAGAGAGGCAUUUAAGGAGGGAUGGUGUGAUAGAGGGAUCCAGAGAGGGAGUGUGCAGGGAGGGAGGGAUGGUGUGAUCAAAGGAUGUAGGGAGGGAGUGUGAGAGAGAUAUGGAGUUAGUAAGUGGGGAAGCAGGGAGGUAGGGAAAAAGAAGCAGGGAGAGAGAGGGA